AAAAAUCAGAAAUCCCCAAAUCGAAAAAGAAGGUAACACUUUGAUCAUCUCAUCUUCAAGAAGAAGACUCUUCGUUUGUAUCUUUCGUAAUGCGAUGUGCGAGGACCUUGAUUCUCACUUCAAUUUCUCGUUUCUUGAAGCGAUUGGCGAGUGAUGGCGGUGGACGGUGACGGAACUGACGGAGGUGGAGGUUCUCAACCACCGGGGAACACUGCGGCGGAGGAGGAGGAGGAGGAGACGGAGGUGCGUAUCCAGACGCUGAGUCAGUUUCCUAACAACGAUCACGUUUCUGAUGACUACGAAGAUUUGGAUUUGGAAUAUAGCUCACUCGUAUUAAAAUCGUUAGAGAAGUACUUGCCGAUGGAAAUGCUCACGGCGGAGAGAAUAGUGAAGUACUUAUUCAUGUCAGAUGUUUUGGAGAAGUACAUUACUCGCGGAGACCUUACCAUGGAUAAAAAUCGCAAGGAAUAUAGGCAGAAAAUAAGAUCCAGUUAUCAGCCACGUUUCAGGGAGCUGUAUACUUUUGAUCCCAAGUUGUUUCUGCUUUACUCUUUCCGGUAUGCCAUCACCGCAAACACAGAGGAAAGCUUCAGACGCAUCAUUGCUGAACCGUUUCCCGGUGUUUUCGUCUUUCAAAUGUUUCAGCCUGACUUCUUUCAGAAAUUGAUAAAGGAGGUAGAAAAUUUCAGAUUGUGGACAUUUAUGAAAAAUUUUAAGAUCAGGAAACCAACCUGCAAGACUAUUUACGGUGUUGUGCUUGACGAUUUUGGCCUGGAUUUCAUGCUUAACAAACUCAUGCAGGAAUUUAUCUUUCCUCUUUGCAAAGUAUUCUUCCCUGACGUGUGUGGAGAAAUGUUUGACUCUCACCACGGAUAUUUUGUUGAAUAUGGUGAAAAUAGGAAUGUUGCUGAGUUGGGCUAUCAGAUAGAUGAUUCAGAGAUAACAUUGAAUGUUUGUUUGAGUAAACAAUUUGAGGGAGGGGAAAUAUGUUUCCGAGGCACGCGAUGCAAAAAACAUGCGAAGACAGAUGCACAUCCAGAGGAAAUCUUUGAUUACCGUCAAAUACCUGGUCAAGCUAUACUUUACCGUGGCUGCCACCGCAAUGGUGCCAGAGCGACAACAUCCGGUUAUCGGACCAAUAUGUUUCUUUGGUGCAAAAGCUCUUUGUUUAGGGAGAUGCAAACUUAUCAGAAGGAUUUCUCAGACUCAUGCGGCCAAUGCUCCCAUGAAAAGAAAGAAAAGGAAAGCCAGAUUCUUGCUGCCAAAAGAAAGGAGAUGAUUAGAGUAGAGGGUGAAGCCUAAAGCUUGACGAAAUACAACACAGCAUAUACAAUUGGUAAUCAAUCGGUUAAUCCCUGAAGUGUAUUUGGUUUGCCGUUUAACUCCUUACUUACAAAACUGAGUAUAUGUAGAAUCAUUUAGAGGUAAUAAUAGGUCUUUGUACUUGAAUCUCUUGACUCUGAGAUUACUAUGUACAUGAAACUACCUGUAUAUAAUAUAGAUCUUGAAUCUUCUUGACUGGA